AUGAUGAAAGAAUUGAGAGAAGAAUUGCGAAAUAAACCACCUGUAGUUGGUGCAUAUACUCCGCGAAGAGGAGACCUGUGUGUUGCACGAUUUUCAGCUGAUAAACUAUGGUAUCGUGCGCGCGUCGAAAGUAUCCGUGGUAAAAACGUGGAAAUUCUCUAUGUUGAUUUCGGAAACAGAGAAACAGUUGAUGCUACUUCGCUGGCUGUUCUGCCGGCUGGAUUUGCCGCACAGCCGGCUGGUGCGCGUGAAUAUCAGUUGGCUUUCCUGCAAAUGCCCAGUGACCCGGAUUAUGCGAGCAGCACCGAUGCGGCAUUUGAGCAACUCCUCUACUCCACUCCGUUCAUGUUCAUUAACACCGAAUAUCGCAACCAGGGCGUGGAGUAUAUCUCAGCAGUUAUGGAAACAGCGGAUGGUAGUGGGCGAUCAGACGUUGCGAAAAUGCUGAUUGCUGAAGGGCAUGCAUUAACGGAGCAGAGACGAGAGAAGAAAUUUGCCGCACUGAUUGCGGAGUAUCAGGAAGCGGAAGCGGUAGCGCGUCGCGAGCAUCGCAAUAUUUGGGAAUAUGGCGAUUUUACUGGAAAUGAAUUAUAG